GAAGACAGCAUGUGGGAUCAGAGGACCCUGGGCCCCAGCUGAGAGAGUUCCAGGGCAUUUGGAUUCAGUGUCAGCAGAGCGAGACGACAAAGAACACUCCAGGGAUGGACAAGAGAGGAGCCUGCUCAGAGUGGUUACUAAAAACAGGAACCUACCCUUCUGCAAGUCCCGCGUGCCUUCCUCAUUUCUAGCAGAGGAAGUGUGUGGCUGGUUUAGCAACUGCUGUUCUUCUUGAUAGCCUGGGCUUCUCUACACCCGCGGAGGCCUGGCCACCUGCUCACUCUGUGCGAGCAGCAGCAGCAGCUGAUGGAGAGGCGGUGACAGCGCUCCUGGAAGUCCCUCCUCAACAACUCCCAGGGGAGACCAUGCCCAGCUUUUGAAGGCUUCGAGCAUCUUCGACAGCCCGGGGAGAGAGAGCGAUGGGAAACAGUAUGCGAUCCACCCCAGCACCUCCCGAGAGGCCUGUGCCCAGCCCAGAUGGACUGGACAGCGACUUCUUGGCCGUACUGAGUGAUUACCCAUCUCCUGACAUCAGCCCGCCCAUAUUCCGCCGGGGGGAGAAACUGCGAGUGAUUUCUGAUGAAGGGGGCUGGUGGAAAGCCAUUUCCCUUAGCACUGGUCGGGAGAGCUACAUCCCUGGGAUGUGUGUGGCCAGAGUUUACCACGGGUGGCUGUUCGAAGGGCUAGGCAGAGACAAGGCAGAGGAGCUGCUACAGUUGCCAGACACAAAGAUGGGGUCUUUCAUGAUCCGAGAAAGUGAGACAAAGAAAGGAUUUUACUCCCUCUCCGUGAGACACAGGCAGGUGAAGCACUACCGCAUCUUCCGCCUGCCUAACAACUGGUAUUACAUCUCCCCGAGGCUCACCUUCCAGUGCCUGGAGGACCUGGUGAAUCACUAUUCCGAGGUGGCCGAUGGCCUCUGCUGUGUGCUGACCACACCCUGCCUCACUCAGAGCACAGCUGCCCCGGCGUUGAGGGCCCCUGACUCACCCGUCACCUUGCGCCAGAAGACCUUCGACUGGAAGAGAGUGCCCAGACUGCAAGAGGACCCUGAGGGAGCUGGGAACCCACUUGGCGUGGAUGAGUCCCUUUUCAGCUAUGGCCUUCGGGAAAGCAUCGCUUCCUACCUGUCCCUGACCAGCGAUGACAACACCUCCUUUGAUCGAAAGAAGAAAAGCAUGUCCUUGAUAUACAGCGGGAGCAAGAGGAAGAGCUCCUUCUUCUCAUCACCACCAUAUUUUGAAGACUAGCCUGAGAACAGACACCAUCAUGUGCACCCAAAUUAACAGAGGUUGGAACUGUCACCCGGGAUUUGGCAGAGAAGCCUAGUUCCCUGGUCCCUGGGGAACUGCACAUCUUCCAGAAGCCAAGAGAAGACAUGUGGAGACAUGAACUCACAUCUUCUCUGUCCACAUCAUGACAAAGGGAGCCCCUCCCUGGUGUCCGAUCAGCAGUGAGACAUCACAAAAUGUUGAAUCAUGACAUGAUCAAGCAACAUUUCAGAAGAGCCCUGUGUAUGUGUGUAUGUUCAUCGUGUUUGUGGGAAAGAUAAAGACAUUGUCUCACAAGAAAGUGCACAAGACCGUUCUCCAAAGAACUGUCCAGAGGGUCACACUCUGAGCUCAUCAGAGAGAACUUCGCAAAAAAAAAAAAAAAAAAAAGCCUGAGAAAAUAAGCCGAAAAACUGUGGCCUGGCUGGUCUAGGUUUGCAAAUUGAUCCCUCGCAAUGAACUUUUCUCACCAACCCCUCAAGAGACCUUUGGUAUGCAGCUCCUCUCUUUUGAAGGGACCUCAGUGACACUAAACGUUAAUCUUCCUUAUCUUCCCUGAAUCAGGAGAUCCUGGUGGCCUGCUGGUGCCAGAGCCACAUGUGCAGGAAUCAGAUAGCCUCCCUGCUUCUGCAGAGGGCAAGGCAAAGGGGAGAGAGGGAGGCUGCUUGUGGGAAAAUGAGAGGGUAGCUCUGGAGCCCUGCAAGCUUUCCUGGUGUCCCCGGCCGUGGCUUCAUGGCACAGAAAGAGCUUUCUGACAUGAUGAGACUCUUGCCAGUACUAAUGCACCAGUUGUUCACUCAUGAUUGCGGGAAUAGGUAACUGUGUUAAGUCCCAUGUCAGGUGAAAAAUAAGAAAAGGAAAGAAGAGAAAAGGAAAGGAAAGGAAAGGAAAGGAAGGAAGGAAGGAAGGAAGGAAGGAAGGAAGGAAGGAAGGAAAAACAGAUCAGCAAAGGCAAUCACAGUAUAGACAGGAAGAAAAAUGUACAAACAAAUAUCGUGAAAGUGGAGUGUAAAGGGAGAAAUCAGCUCAUGGCUCCAGGGAGACUGGGUCAGUAAGGGUGGCUCGUGAGCUCACGUUUCAGCUGGACCUUCACAGAGGCUAAGUGUGGCUGGAUUGAGUAGGUGAGAAUGGUUGACUUUCUUGGAAAAAAAAGAAAAAAGCAAAUUGAUUAAAUUCUGAAGAAUUAAUUCUAAGUCUAAAGAAUUAAUUCAUUAACGUGAUUUUUCUGUAUCAUCAGUGUUUUAUUCUAAGAAGGGCCUGGCAGCCACAUGAAGAAAACUGCUGAGCUCCAGGAAAGAAGGGAGUCAGAGUGGCUUUAAAUCUGUCAUACUCAUUUUAAGAGAUGUGAGAGAGAGCACGGCAAAGUUCUAGAAAAGGGAAGUAUUUAUCUUGAGGCUGCCAUUGGAAUCUUGUUAGGAAGGGGGCUGCAGAUGCACCCAUGACUCAUUUUAUCCUGUUGGAAAAGGAUUCAGGGGGAAGAGGGGGGCCUGUGGAACCCCUCACUGCCUGAUAUGAGAUGUCUGUCUGUUCACCACAUGCAUUCCGUAGAUCUGAGAUCACUGUGCUGGUGGUAUGUGUAUAUGCAUUUAUGUGAUUUUCUGUAUCAUCACACUCUGGUGUGUUUAUACAAGAAGACAUUUACAGUUUCCCCAAGAAUCGCUAAAGGCAGUUUCAAGGGACCAGCCGAUGUGUGGGAAAUGAAUAUAACACUGUGGACGCUGACUUCCACCACAAGGCAGGGUGACCUCGCAAAUGCCAGAUGUUUGUACAAUGUCUUAAGCAUUGUUUUCCGUUGUAACUAGUGUGCUGGGAACUUUUGGGGAGCACUCAGAGGUAUUUCUAC